GUGAUGAAGACUUCAGCAUCUUCCCGCCCAUCGCGCAGUCGUCGUACGCCGGCAAGCUUCUGUCAGACACGUUAUUUUUCGUUUUUAUUAUUUUGUGUUUUUAAGGCACCCUGCUUCAUACAGCAAAUACGUUAAGGAGCUCAGUUAAAGUCAGUAGGAGUUUUCGUAGAGUGCGUGUCUCACUCGGGGAUGGGAAAAGACGACAUCCACGCUCCGCCUGUCUUGACAACAGCAGCGCCCGAAAAUGAGCUCCGUCACCGAGUUAGCCAAGGAGCAAAAAAAGAAGCUGCAACAGUUCCUUGCUGAUAUUGUGCUUUUGGGAUCAUUGCAGGGCUUUCGUUACUUUCAGCCUUGGUUGCGAGGAAGGGAGGAACUGUUGCUAACUAUAGUUAAUGAAGAUGUGACUUGGCAUUCUUCUGGCGCCCCUUGUACAGCUGCAUCAUCUAUGACAAGCAGCAGCAGCAGCAGCACUGAGGGUGGUCAACUGUUUUUGGGGGAACUAUCUGAUGAGGAACAAGCCUUACUACUCUCAAGCAGGAUUAGUGAAGGGUACCUUCUUCCUGCAUCUCCUAGUGAGCGGGAAAUAGCCAUUCCAGAAGUAAACUGCACUCUUUUCCUUCUGGCUGGCUACGCCAAAUAUGGCCAGCCCUAUGCCUGGAUAAGGUCUAAUCAUGAGCGACUGGUGAAUAUUGGCUGCACUGAUUCAACGGUCAAAGAUACACCUGUCAAGCUCAAGUCAAUUUCUGAAUGGAAAACACAAGGUGUACGAAUUUGGGAUAUGGUGUGGGAACUGGUCACCCUCUGCACCACUCCACCCCCUAUUAAUCCUUUUGCUCUGGACAUGAGAUACAUUGAGUCCUUGCCACUUAGUGAGCGCUUUCUCGUCUCUGGAGCUCUGAUUUGCUUUUUAGAGAGGAUUGUCAUCCACGGUGCCCCAGAAGCUGCUUACUAUAGCCGAAUUAUGGAAGACCUCGAGAGACUCCAUCUGUUUCACAGCCAAACUCUUUGGGACAUACAGCAUCUGAGACCUCAGAUUCAUGAGUUCAGAAAUGAAGAACAAGAGAUGCAAAGAAAUUGAGGGCAGCCGCAUCUAUGUUGGAAUUCUGUGAUAUUUUCUUAACCUGGAGAGACACAUCUGUGGCCUUCUCAGGCAACUACAAAUCAGGCAACUACAAACAGAGCAAGUCCUUGGUAGGGAUUUUUUUAAUGUUUGCCUCCCCUUUUAUCCAAGGCGAUUUAGAAGGUCACAAUAGAGUACAAGUGUUAGCAUGGAAAGUAAAGCCACUUGCUCAGGGUCACACAGUGAGGUAGAUAGAGACAGGGUAUGGACCAACCCUUGUAGUUUAUGCUAUAGUUCAGUCUAUAAACAUGUCAGCUCUAUUAUUCUUAGUUCAUAUUUGGCUGAAACCUUUUUAUCCAACACAACUUAGAAGAACAGGAUACAUUACAUUUAUGCAUGUGGAUUUAAAAGACAGCAAAGCAAAGACGGGUUAAGUGACUCAAGUAGUACCACACAGUGAAGAGAAGUGAAGAAUUGACUCAACAACCUAAAGUCCUGUGCCUUACACAUUAUCCCAAGUGGGUGGCUUGUUCCAGUCUAGUUCUUUUUUAUACCCAUGAUCACCCAAACAAAUUACUUUAUAAAACUGUGAGAACAUUUGUGUCAUAAGACAGAAGUGAAGCAAUUCACUGAGAAAGAUUAAGAAGUUACAAAUAAAGUAAAUGAUAACAACAUGAUAAUAAACUGCUAAUGUUAUUUUAGUCCAUUCUUUCACCUCAUUCACAAGUGAAUUUUACUUCCUCUUGGCACCGGAACUGUAAGCUCAUCAUUGACUAGGGACAUUUGUCAGAAACAUUUGAUUAAGGCAGUUCAUAAUUGUUAGUUAAUGCCAUUUUUGAUUGAAUGACAUUGAAUUUUAAAUAAACGUGGCAACAUAACAGGUGGCAUGUACAGCGAAAGUGCUGGAAAGCAACAUCACAAGCUAAGAGAGUCAGAUCUGCAGCUGGCUAAUGGAGCCCUACUUUAGUUGAGUAGUAGGGUGGCUGUAGUCUCAACGUCCAGGAUGGGGUGUUGGUCUGGCACAUGACGGUAUCCUCACACACAGUCACAUUAAUCUCAUUCUAUCAUGGUUGAGCAAUACACCUACCACACAGGUCAUGAUUAGGAUUUCAUUUUCUUGGCGGUUAAAAUCUUGAAGACUUCUUUUUUGUGGGGAAUGUUUGGUCAAGGAACCUCGUGGUCACAUUUGGUUUUAUGCCCAAUAAGCUGAUAAUUAUUACUGUCUCAACCCGCGAGACCAUUUUGUUUCUUGUAUGGCCGUGUAGUGGCGAUGCUGUUAGGCAAUCUCAUUCACAGCAUAAUGAGUCGAGGGUUAACAUGGAACAUUAAAAAUAAAAAUAAAAAAAACGCACAUGGAUAAAAAUAUAACAUAAUUCUCACAAUUGGUUCCUGCCUUGUGCCCUGUGUUGGCUGGGAUUGGCUCCAGCAGACCCCCGUGACCCUGUGUUUGGAUUCAGCGGGUUGGAAAAUGGAUGGAUGGGUGGAUAAUUCUCACAAAAUAAGUCGCACAAUUACCAGUCAAUCAGAACAAACCUUGCACCUGAUACAAGCACCUGAUAUAUACUUACAGCACCUGAAGGACAGAAAAAAGGUGCUAAGCGAAACGCAAUACAUCUGCCUUUCUUUUAGUUAUAGCGUGCUAUCUAUGGACAUUAAUUAAAAUGCAGUACGCUUUUGCAUAGUAUUUUAAACUGACACGAAAAUCAGCGUACUGUAGUGAAAAAUCAACCGAUCACUUGGUUCAUAUGUUUUUAAUCAGGACACCAUAAAAACGCACCAGAACGAAACAGCUAACUUCCAUACGUAUUGCAUUUCAGCGUUGUUAACACGUUGGAUUGCAUUUAAUUUUGGUACAAAUAACGUUCCAUAUCUGCAGUGCAGGAUUUACGUAUAAAUUACACAAGCUAUAGCUUAGGGCCCCCGCCUUCUUGGGGGCCCCCAAAACAAAUUGUCCGAGUGAGCAAUUGUCAUAUAUACUUAAAUAUACUACAACAUUAUUUGUCCCAAUCAGGCCCGGCCUUAGGCAUAGGCGAAGUAGGCGACCGCCUAGGGCCCCGGUGUCUGGGGGGCCCCGGAUCGACUCCUUGGUCUAAUUUUCACACAUUUCACAGAGCUUCCAGGGGGGCUCUGCCCCCCUCAGGGGGCCCCUGGACCCCCCCUUUUGCCUAGGGCCCCAUAAUACCUAAGACCGGGCCUGCAUAUCUGCGAAGCACCGCACAUCAUUGUCAGUUCAACACAGCGUAUUAAUAAUGCUGGAAAAUCGGAGUAUUUGAGGCAAUGUGACAAGCAGUAAGCCCAAGCCCAAUUACUUUUGUUAGCUAACAACUACUUUGCUGUCAUGUAGUUCUCCCGAAGUCACGAACCAAUGAAGUGUUGUAAAGUUAAUUAAUGUAAGCUUUUCCCACCUACUCUAAAUAAAGCGGAUAUUUUCGUGCAUUGCUCUGCAUUCUCCUCCAAUCCUGUUUUUUUUCGUGUAAUCCUUGCUUUCUUGGCACCACCCUUCUAAUUUCUUUUACCUCUAAGUCUCCAUUGUAAAAAAUGCACGGGGGAUUGUUAAAGAAAUGCUUAAGAAAACGGGUAGUUUAAUUUCACGCGUGCGGGGUUGUACUAUUUGGGGAGGGGUCGCCUCAUUUUCCCUACAAUGGAUACAGCGAAGCGGGAUUAAACUACUUUGUAUUUACUAAACUCAUGUUCAUUUAUUUAUGGGGAUUUGAAAGGUUGUGCACAGCAGCCCAGAAACAUCACUGGCCCAUUGGGAAAUCCUCCGGUGUUCCUGAAUGGUUAAAACUUGUGAGUUGAGAUUUUAAGUUGAGGUUCUCAUCAUAUGCUGGCUACUGGAUAGCAAAUCUGCAACAUCACCACCUGACACAUCUACAGGUACUGUUAUAAAACUAAAGCACAUUUGUGUGUGUCCUCACCAGCGCUUGCCUUUUUUGUGCACAGUCCUAUCUGAAAUGUAUAUUUUUUUUCAACAAUGCGUAGUAGCGCCUAAUUUUGUUGGACAACAGGCAUUUUGCUCCCAGAACUGUUUUUAGUCAAUAAAUAACAAAAACAGGAAAGUAGUUACCAAUUUAUUUGCUAAAUAUAUAAAUAAUAUCAAAUACAAUGUAAUUGUGUGCACAGUCUCAACUUUUAUGGACCCUCCAUGAUAUAUUUUUUUCUGAAAAAAGUGUUUCUGGCCAAUGAAAUAAUUCCAGGAGACAGCUACAAUGUGUAGCUCACUUGAAAGUUUACACAAUUGAACUAAAUGGAAACUGAACCAAAGUACCACAUUUUUCCUUAAUUCAGAACAAAGCAAACUAAAUUCUUCUUCCUCUUCAUCUUUUCUCACUUCUGUGUUGGAUUGAUGUGCCUGAUCAAUCGUCUCCAUUCAGCCUGGUCCUGCACCUCUUCCCCAGUCAGACCCCUUUCCUUCACAUCUUCUUUUACUUUAUCCAUCCACCUUUGCUUUGGUCUCCCUUGCUUUCUUUUACCCUGUACUUAUAUUCCCAUUGCUCUUUUGCCCCCAUAUUCAUUGUCUCUCCUCAUCACAUGUCCAUACAACUUUAAACCACUUUCUUAUAU